UCUGAUAGCAGAUCGCGAUUCACGGAGUCGGUGAACUCGUAAAACUCGUGGCCGGGUGACCAAAAACGACCGGCGAGUGUCACGGGACCGGAUAAGGGGGAGAAGACUCGGAAAAAAGGGGGAAAAGAAAGAGAGAGAGAAAAGAAAAGAAAAGAAAAGAAAAGAAAUAAACGGAUCGAGAGGCGCCGCUUUCGAUCGGGAUAAAAUUCGCUCGAUGCUCGAGACGAAGGUAAUCGGACGAGCGCGGCUGUUGGUGAUCGUCGAAGGGUGCAGGGAGUGCAGUUUCCAACGGUCCCUCUAAGAGAAAUCUCGAGAGAUCGAACGCCGAGUCCCGUGGACCCUGCUGCUCUACCAAAGGCGAACGAGUCAUGAUGAAGAGGAUCCCGCUGGUUUUAUUGGUCUUCGUGUUUGCGGCAUCCUGCGCCGCAGCGCUGCCGCUCCGAGACACCCCGAACGUUCGAUUGUUUCCUCGGGACAAGGACGCGGGUCCAGUUUCCACGGAAACAGGGAUUGUCACCGGCAAGGACGCGACGAAUCGGUCGACAAAAAAGCAAUCAGAGAAGACCGACAGUGGAACGAAAGAGUCUUCGAAAUCCUCGUUACCAGCCUCGAUUCAGGAUAAUAAUCGAGCGGAGGGCAAGGAUGAGGACGGUCCCCGCUCGUUCAAACGCAUCAACGAAGCGAGGGACGACGAAACGGGCAAGAAGAAUCGAAGGCAUAAAGCCAUUUUCGUCGAUUACCCGCUCGUACCGCAACUUCCAUUCUCCAACGACAUCGUCCCUUACGACAUCGAUUACCCUAACAACAACUUCGACACCGAGGAGAGGACGGUGGCGGAUUCGAAUAACUUGGAGGAAAGUAACAUCUUCUACAUCAGGCUACCGCCCACGCCGUACAUGUUCGUGCCGGGAUUGGGUUACAUCUCGCAGCCGCCCACCUAUUCGACGACCAACCUUCAACCGCUCGUACAAGCGUACAAGAGACCCGGAAGGCCGAAACCCGCGUACCAGCAAUCCGUUAGCCACCCGUUCAUCAAGCUGCCCAUCGAUUUCGUGAGCAACGGCAAGCCGACGUCCAUCUACCAUUGGCAGAAGAAGACGAACAAGAAACCGACCGACACCCCGAUCACCAAUCUGGACAGUCUCUCCGCGGAUUUCGUGACCAAUGGGAAACCGACCGCCAUCUAUCAGUGGCAGACCAACGCGAAACCGACCAACAAACCCGACCACGAUUUCGUCCACAAGCUGGACAAAGGCCCGUACGAGUUCAACGGCAAGCCGACCAGUUUCUUUCUGCUGAAACCGGAUGGAACCACCGCGGCGCGUCACCCUCUCCGCUAUUCCGAUUACCAGGAUAAUUCCUAUUAUUGAAGACGCGCGAAGGAGCUCGUUGCUGCCUCGAAAACGAACCGCCAUUUCCUCGAAUCGUUAAAAAAAGAAAGAAAGAAAGAAAGGAAGGGAGAAAAAUCGGCGGGUUUGAUUGGACUACGAAUCCUCGAAUCCAUCGUCAGCGGUGAGCGGAGAGGAGAUGAGAGGGCACGGCUCGAUCAGCAUGCACGAGAAACGUGAAACGAGGGAAGGAAUCGAUCGAUUCGCGAUUCUCGUUCGAAUCGUAACUACGUGCGUAUAGUACGAGGCGAACGAGCGGAUAACCGAUGCCAGGAUACGCGAUUGCUUAGAAAUUGCAUAACCGUGCGAGCUUAAGGGCGGGCUUCGAAACAAUCGGCCUCUCCAUCGGUCGGCGAUUCGUAUCGCGUUGCAUUUACAUCUAAAAGUAUGGGUUAUUACUACGGAUGAUUAUAAAGGAACUGUUCUCCGCGAGGCGGGGAAUUGUUUGAAAAGUUUCAUCGAUGAUCCACGUCUCGAGUAAUACCAUCUCUUUGUCAGACAUUUGUUUCUUUUCUUUUUUUUUUUUUUUCAGUUGGUACGAUACCUUCGAGUUGGAUAUCUCGGCGAGCGGAAGUUAGAAAUAAGUUUGGUCUUAAGUGAAUAAGAAUAAGAAAAAUGUCACUGUGGAUGAUCGAUUAAGAAGAAUGGUUAAAACGGAGAUAAGAAUGGGAACGGAAAAUAACGAGUUUCCGUUUCUGCACGCUCGAAAUACAUUUUUAAUUUCUACUUGGCAUUAAUUCACCGAGCUGGCUUCGCGUAAUUAAGACAUGUCGCUACGACUAAUUAUUACGACGGAGAGUACUUAAUCUCGAACAGACGUAUAUAUCUACAAUUAUCGUUUUUAACUGUAUAGUUUCUAUUUAUAAGUCUGUUUAUACGUCAAUUAAUUAAAAACGCGCGUAUAUAUACAUAACCAGGCUGAUCGUGCAAAAGAAAUCACGACGAUCAUUUGCUCAAACGUAAUUUAAGCGUUGCGUUAAUUCAUCAUUCCCUUUUUUUUCUUUUUAUUCGAGCGAAAUCCACGAUUAUCUUUUAGUACUGUCACACUGCGUACUUAAUGACGUAUAUUUAUUUGUAAAGUUCGUAUUUUCGUUAUCGAGAGAACUUUAUAUAUAUAUAUUGAUUUAUCUUUUAAUUUUGUAAAUACGUGAAAAAUACACGAAACCUCGAAUCGAUAA